CACAUGAUUGAAGUUACUCCCACUGAAGUCAUGCACAGGAAAACCCAAGAGCUUUUGCCACAGUCUGUCAAGAACAAUAGAACUUGACAACCGCAAGAUAGGUGGUUUGUAUACUCUGCAGCAAACGAGGCACUCUAAAUUAUUGAGUGAACGGGGGGAUCAUUAAGGACGCGUGCUGUGGAAAACUGUGGAUUUACUCUCACUGUACAUGGCAAGGUUAGGAUCAUGUCUCUGCCAGAGGAGGAUCUGACAUGCCCGGUGUGCUGUGACAUCUUCGUAGACCCUGUCUUGCUGUCAUGCAGCCACAGCUUCUGCAGGAUCUGCCUCAAGCGUUGCUGGGACACAGGUAUACGGGAAUGUCCGGUGUGCCGACGGAAAGCCCCCAAGUCCAGUCCUCCCUCCAAUCUGGCUCUGAAAAAUGUCUGUGAGGCUCUUCUGCUGGUCAAGAACCAGUGCGCGGAGGCACUGGAGGACAAGAUGAACUGUAGCCUGCACGGUGAGAGGCUGAAACUCUUCUGUCUGGUCGACAAACAGCCCAUCUGUGUGGUGUGUCAGUAUUCUAAACUUCACAAGAGCCACAGCUAUUCACCUGUAGAGGAGGCAGUGCUGGACUGCAAGGAUGAACUCGCAUUGUCCCUUAAAAUGUUGCAAGACAAACUGGAAAACCUCAAAAGGAUUCAGAAGACAUCUGCAGUCAUGUCCACGUACAUCAAGAGUCAGGCAGGGGAAACACAGAGACUGAUCAGAAGCCAGUUCGAGCAGCUCCAUCAGAUGCUCAGCCAGGAGGAGUCGGACAGAUUAGCCGCAGUAAAACAAGAAGAGGAGGAGAAGAUCGCAGGCAUGAAGGAUAAGAUUAAAGAGCUUUCCGCCGAAGUGCUGUCCCUCACGGAGACGAUCUCCGUCAUACAGGAGCAGCUCAAAGAAGAAGACAUGGUUUUGUUGGAGAAUUUUAAAGCCACCGAUGAUAGAAGCAAAAGCUUUGUGCUUGGAUCAGACAACAUGUCUGGAUUACUGAUCGACACAACCAAGCAUCUCUGCAACCUCAAAUACAUCGUUUGGGAGAAAAUGAUGGACCACAUUGACUACACUCCAGUGACUUUGGACCCAAACACAGCACACCCCUGCCUCAUCCUGUCGGACAAUCUCACUUCCCUCCACUACUCGAAGCAGCCCAGCUGUUGCCCUGACAACCCAGAGCGUUUCCACAUGAGUGCUGAGGUGGUAGCCAUGUCACCGCUUGGUUCAGGAAGUCACCAGUGGGUCGUGGAAACAGGAAGUAAUCAGGACUGGCUCCUGGGCGUGGCCUCCUUGUCUGUGCCCCGGAACGCUGAAAUCUCCGCUCGGCCUGAAAAUGGCUUCUGGACUUUAUGUUUCAGAGAUGGAGAGUUCAGAGCCAUGACCUCGCCACCCACCCCACUGACACUUUCAAGAAUGCCAAAACAAAUCAAAGUGCAACUGGACUACAACAAAGGGACGGUGUCUUUUGUUGACCCUGCUGACAACACAGCCAUUUUUACAUUUACGCACACAUUCACAGAAACACUUCUUCCAUAUUUCUAUACACAGAGUAGUCAUCCACUGAGAAUAAUGCCCGAAAAGGUACUUGUCACAAUGUUGCGUCAACAGUAGGGUAAGAGAGAGAGAGAGGGGGAGAGAAGAUAGAGAGAAGGAAAACGAAAAUCACUUUAUCUUCAAGGUUCAAGCAGUUCGGUUUAUUUGCUGCUUCCAAAAUAUACUGCUCCAAAAGAUUUAAGGGCUUAAAGAGGAAACAUCAUGCUUUUUCAUAGGUUUCACACACUCAUCUAGUGUGUCAUAGUGUAUGUAAAAAGUGUUGAAAAAAGUGCAUGAAAAGGAAAGGAAGGAAGGAAGGAAGGAAGGAAAGCUUCCCCAGACUAUCUGGUAUCCAUAUAUGGGUAAUGGGCAUGAAACAUCCAACUUGUGCUGACCAAUCACAGUUCAGUUUCUGACUGGCCAAUCAGAGCAAAGUAGCCAUUCAAGGGGGGAGAGGGGAGAGCUUUACUCCCCCCAUGUGUUUCACUGGCCCCCUUUACACCUGGCAUUAGAAUGUGUUUUCUGUGAUCAGAUGGUGAUCUCCGGGGUCCACAUCAAGAUCCGAUUGCUAUCUGAUCACAGUUAUAAACCCCCCAACAUCAUGUUAGCUGUGGAGCUAACCAAGUAUCUCUGCUCCAACCACAGCAACUGAGUGGAUGGAGUUGUUUGUGGGUGGAGCUUCGGAGACACAUCGCAUUUACACUUCUAUUCAAUCUGGUCACAAUGCGUCUCCAACCACCACCCAAAGUGGUUUCGGAAAUCGGAUAACAAUCUGUCUUUGGGUGUUUCAAUCUGAUUGCAAUCCAAUCACAGAAAAACCCAUUUUAAAGCAAAGUUUAAAGGGGGCCUCUGAGGCGGUUCCGUUCGGUACGGUACAUAUUUUUUUUGUGUUUCCAUUAGGAAUUGUAUCAAAAUAACCGGCCCUUGGUGUAUCAGAGUAAUGGUACAGUAUGGUACAGGUGGCGCUAGACCCAUGACAGUCAGCUGAUUGGGCGACAGAACACCCUGAGUGAACUUGACAACUUUUCUUAGAUUAAUCUUCUUUUGGGGGGGAAGCUGUCCAGGUUCCAAGACAGUCACAUUUCCAUUUUCUAUCAUAAUAAAUCAGAAUGACAUAGCAAGCCAGUGAGGAGGUCGCUGGCUUGAAUCCUGGUUUGACCAGAAUCUU